CUCAGUGGCUGGAACGCAGCUGCUGGCCGGGUGCUAUCUCCGAGUGGCUGCGGGACCGAGCGUGCCGCACGCCGGGCAAGAGCCGCCCGCACCCGCGCUCUCGGUGGGGACCUGCAGCUGCAAUAUGACUCUGGAGGAAUUCUCGGCUGGAGAGCAGAAGACCGAAAGGAUGGACACGGUGGGCGAUGCCCUGCAGAAGGUGCUCAGCAAAGCCCUGAGUCAGCGCAGCCUCACUGUCGGGGUGUAUGAGGCGGCCAAGCUGCUCAACGUCGACCCGGAUAACGUGGUGCUGUGUCUGCUGGCGGCUGACGAGGACGACGACAGGGACGUGGCGCUGCAGAUCCACUUCACCCUGAUCCAGGCGUUCUGCUGUGAAAACGAUAUCGAUAUCCUGCGCGUCAGCAACCCGGGCCGCCUGGCGGAGCUGCUGCUGCUGGGCGCCGACCCGGGCAGCGAAGGCGCUGCGCAGACCCCGGACCUGCACUGCGUGCUGGUGACGAACCCCCACACAUCACCGUGGAAGGAUCCUGCCCUAAGUCAGCUCGUUUGUUUUUGCCGGGAGAGCCGCUACAUGGACCAGUGGGUCCCCGUGAUUAACCUGCCCGAGCGGUGACGCAGCCUGGGGAGGACCGAGCGGAGCGGAGCCGCGUGGCACGGAAGUUUGGAAAUACCUUUGUACUUACUCUGAAGUUGCCCCCACACGGACCCUGGAUUAGGGAAACUGAGGCCAAGGGGUGGAGAGAGCUUGGCUGCGCGUUCUGGGGCGCGAGUGACCAAGACUUUGGAGAUGCGCAGAGGAGAGUGGAGGAGGAAGCUGAGGAAACUGCAAUCUGAGUCGGAAGGAGUGAAACUUGCAAAGAUCCCAGCCAGGAGGCAAACUGUACGAGUUUAGGGUGGUUGUGUCUGUUGAAACAGUGAGCUUUUGGCCCUGGAUUAUUGAGUAUUUAGGGCUUCUAUGCUUUCAAGAGAACGUGAAGGGAUUCAUCUCACCUCCAAACCAUAUUUUAUUGUAUUUUGACGAUAAUAGAUUCUCAAAAGCUUUAUUAUAAAUUGUACUAAGUUAUUUUAUGAUGUGGAAGGCUAUUUAUGCUAUACAAGUUUUUGAAUUACGAUGCCUAAAUAAAACGGUAAGGCUGCACCGCUCCUUG